UUCGGAGUACCCGCCCCACUUAGUCGGAGAUGCUACACACGGAGACUUCUUGUUAACGCAUAAAGCUUGCUUUCGGUUUAACACAUGAGUUGCUGUGUCCAGGUGUGGGAUCGAGGACUUAACGGACUUUGUGUGGGUCUGAGUUGUUUUUAAAGGAGGAUGAAGACGCUGGUGGUGUUCCUGCUCUUCGUGAACGUUUCCCAGCAUGCCCUGGCUGUGGUGGUGGAGGUGAAUGAGGGGGAAAGAUCUGUCCUGCUGCCCUGUCAGUACUCAGGUUUAAUACCUGAGGAUGACCCCACAGUGAUGUGGACUCGCUCUGGUCUUGAUCCCAAAUCUGUCCACCUACGACGAGAAGGAGGAGACAAUCUUACAGGACAAAACCAGCGUUACAGCGGGCGCACAUCGAUGAGGUCUGAUGCUCUGGACACUUCAGACUUCAGUCUCACUCUGAGAAAACCAACAAAGACUGACAGUGGCAACUACACCUGCUCCAUCAGUGAUGGGAGAGAGGAACUGAGACUGAGAGAUGUACAGCUGCAGGUCAAAGACCAGAAGGUGGAGGUCAAAGUCAUUGAAGGGUCAGAGUUUGUCAUCCUGCCCUGCAAAACAACACCUGACCUGCCUGAGGACACCAGAGUGGAGUGGGCUCACUCUGAUCCUGAGCUGAUGGUGGUCCAUGUGUAUUCAAACAAAAGUGACCACCUUAAGAACCAGGACAACCUUUACUGUGGUCGGACAAAGAUGAACAAAGACCUGCUGAAAACUGGAGACCUCAGUCUGACCCUGAAAUACCCCACAGAGAGAGACAGUGGAGGAUACAUCUGCACCAUCUACAGGGACAAAGACAUCCUGAGACAGAAAGUAGUGCUGCACCAUGUCAAAGAACGGUUUCCAUCCUGGGCCACAGCUCUCCUGGUUCUCCUGGUUCUCCUGGUUCUCCUGGUUCUUCUUGUGGUUUCUGGAGGUCUUUUAUUUCAUUUCCGGCACUAUUUCAUGUCAGUCCCCUGGGUGGGGGUGGAUUCAGGGGUGGAGUCUGUCCAGCUGAUCUGCAAAACCACAGUUUGUCUGUCUAAAGAUGCUAAAGUGGAGUGGAAGGACAGAAACAACAGGAAGGUCCACGUGUAUGAGAACGGCUCUGACCAGCCUGAAGAACAGGACGAUAAAUACAAGAACCGAACAAAGAUGAAGAGAAACUUACUGGAACCUGGAGACCUCAGUCUGACCCUGAAACACCCCACAGAUGGAGACAACUCCACCUACACCUGCACCGUCUACAGCAGGGAGGGAAACAUGCUGCUGAAGAAACAAGUGGAGCUGAGAGUCAGAGUCCCCCAGGUGGAGGUGGUUACAGAGGUGAAGUCUAUCCAGCUGCCCUGCAAAACUAUAAUUCACCUGCCCAGAGACACAAAGGUGGAGUGGGUCAAAAGCUCCAAGAAGGUCCACGUGUAUCAGAACGGCUCAGACUGGUCUGAAGACCAAGACCAGAGUUACAGAGGCCGAACAGAGCUGAGGAGAAACCUGCUGAAAACUGGAGACCUCAGUCUGACCCUGAAAUACCCCACAGACUGGGACACAGACACCUACACCUGCACCGCCUACAACAACAGGAAGAAGAUCCUGAUCAAGAAGGAAGUGGUGCUGAAAGUCAAAGUCCCCCAGGUGGAGGUGGAUUCAGGGGUGGAGUCUGUCCAGCUGCCCUUCAACACCACACUUCACCUGCCUGAAGACGCUAAAGUGGAGUGGAUGGACAAUUAUACAAGUUAUAGGAUCAGCAACAGGAAGGUCCACGUGUAUGAGAACGGCUCUGACCAGCCUGAAGAACAGCACCAGGUUUUCAGAGACCGAACGAAGAUGAAUGAAGACCUGCUGAAAACUGGAGACCUCAGUCUGACCCUGAAAUACCCCACAGAUGAUGACAGCCACACCUACACCUGCACCUCCCCUGGCUGGGAGGGAAACAUGCUGCUGAAGAAACAAGUGGAGCUGAGAGUCAGAGUCCCCCAGGUGGAGGUGGUUACAGAGGUGAAGUCUAUCCAGCUGCCCUGCAAAACUAUAAUUCACCUGCCCAGAGACACAAAGGUGGAGUGGGUCAAAAGCUCCAAGAAGGUCCACGUGUAUCAGAACGGCUCAGACUGGUCUGAAGACCAAGACCAGAGUUACAGAGGCCGAACAGAGCUGAGGAGAAACCUGCUGAAAACUGGAGACCUCAGUCUGACCCUGAAAUACCCCACAGACUGGGACACAGACACCUACACCUGCACCGCCUACAACAACAGGAAGAAGAUCCUGAUCAAGAAGGAAGUGGUGCUGAAAGUCAAAGUCCCCCAGGUGGAGGUGGAUUCAGGGGUGGAGUCUGUCCAGCUGCCCUUCAACACCACACUUCACCUGCCUGAAGACGCUAAAGUGGAGUGGAUGGACAAUUAUACAAGUUAUAGGAUCAGCAACAGGAAGGUCCACGUGUAUGAGAACGGCUCUGACCAGCCUGAAGAACAGCACCAGGUUUUCAGAGACCGAACGAAGAUGAAUGAAGACCUGCUGAAAACUGGAGACCUCAGUCUGACCCUGAAAUACCCCACAGAUGAUGACAGCCACACCUACACCUGCACCAUUCAGGUCAGUUUAGCUGUGUUUCCUCCAAAUCCCAGAAUUCCUGAGGAGCAGGAAUAUGUGGGGCUGGGCUCUAAACACUCAGGGUGA